CUCUGAAGUCAUUUGCCUUUAAUACACCACCUAAAACCCUACAUCUCCAAACCAUAAAGAGAGAGAUAGAGAGAGAGAGAGAGAGAGAAAUCGAGAGAGGAGAGAAAAAAGAGAAACAGAAUGAAGGGUCAUCGUGUCAUAUCCUUGUUACUCAUCUCGCUAACCCUCCUCGCCGUGUCUCCGCCGUCGCACGCGGCGGCUCCGGCGGCCGGGGGAGAGGCGGCGGAGGAGUGCAAGGAGGAUCUUCAGAAGGUGAUGUUGUGUCUGGAUUUCGCGAGCGGGAAAGUGGAGAAACCGACAAAACAGUGCUGUGAUUCGGUGGAAGGGAUCAAGGAGAAAGAUCCCAAGUGUUUGUGCGUCAUAAUACAGCAGGUGAAGGCAGGAGGAGAUUCUCUGAAGCAGCUCGGGAUCCAGCAAGACAAGCUCCUUCAGCUGCCUUCUUCUUGCCAGCUCCGCAACGCCAGCAUCUCCGAUUGCCCUCGUCUUCUAGGGAUGGCACCGAACUCACCAGAGGCGUCCAUAUUCUCGGGAAAUGCCACAUCAUCACCAACACCCGCCGGAAAAUCUCCGUCGUCGACGUCGUCACCGGCGACAUCACAGGACAAGGGAGGCUCCGCCGCCGCGACGGACAGACUCACAGUCGCCGCCGUGGCUUUCGCCGCCGUCUCCUUCUUAUCCGCCCUUGCGUAGCCUGAGAGCGUGACACGUGUCAAUUUCUCGAUCCACGUGGCAGUAAGGCGUAAUCUAUCACUGUUGUUUUUUUCUUCCCAGUCACGUGAUUGCUGUUUUUUCUUUGCCAUAAACACUCAAAGUUAUUGCUUGAUGUGUUCUGUAAUGGAUUUUAACGCAAAGAACACAAACAAUGUUGCUUCU